CUCUAGCUAUGGAUCUGAAGCCUCGUACACCUCUCCCUCCAGGCAUGGUGCCAUCAGCCUCCGAGGAGGACCUGUCAAGCUUGCUGGAGGAAGAGCAGAAAAUAAGAGAACAGAGAUCAAAGGACAUUGUGAAAGAGGGAAGCUUUAGUGAGGUUUCAGCCAAGGAGGGUACAGAGGGCACAGAUCUCGGUGUUGGUGUGCUAAGAACACCUGUUGCUGCUCCUGGUGCCCCACCUGAAGCAUGGAGGUCGGCAACUGAACAGCAGGCCCCAGAUACAUUCCAAAUUGACCUGAGUGGAAAUGAUGACGAAGAAGCAGAAAAUGGAAUAAAAAAAGUACCGGUUUUCCAGGGUAUUAUGACUCCAGAACUUGGGAAGACACCAAGGCGAAAACUAUGGUCCCCUUUCUCAAAGUCGAAAGAUAAAGUUCACGAUCUUCGUGAAGAAGUGCUAUCUAGAGGAGGAGAAAGCUUUUCUGAGCAGCAGUCAACCCCAAAGCGAAAAAUGUCUUCACUAAAGAAAAAUAAAGUUGCCCCAAGCCCAGCUAGGCCAGCAACUAAUCUCAAUACUGGCUCCAACUUCACAUCACUUAUGUACGAUGAAAAUGAAAACAGUUUGCCUCCAGCAAAAGGAGGUAGUAAGCAGAAACCUGACGAUAUUUUGUUGAAAGAAGAAAUUGUUUCCACUUCGCAAGAGGAACGUCCACUAACACCAACGAUAAUAGUCAAAUCAAGGGGUCAAGAAGAUCUUGUAAUUCAAAAUGACAUUGAAGAAAGGAGUACUGCAGGUCCCAGUAGCUCUAGCAGUGUGGAGGCACUCUAUAGUACAGUAGUGAAGCCGAAAUGCAGAAACAUUGCAACACAAGGGGCCGAAAUGGAAAUAUCUGAGUUGAUCACAGAGCUACCAAAGCUGGAAACACAUGAUCCAGAGCCGACCACUGAUACGAGCUUUGUCCUUGAGAAUCAAUACACACAUUGUCAAACACCCAAUGUAGAUGAUCAUGCUUACGAAUUGGUUGAUGCUCCAUAUCUUGAAGCUCCAGAUAUACCAGUCUACAGCGCUUCAGUGUACAAGGAGCUAAUGAAGCAUCAAGAUACUGGCAAUGUGCAACUAGUCUCUGUCAAGGGAACCAUAAGCCAGGCUAAGAGUUUUCCAAUAGGCAGCUCUUCCGACAUGUCUCCUCUGCACUAUGCUGCCGCAAGUGGAGAUAAGAAAGAGCUUGGUCGAUUAUUGUCAAGUCUUCCUGUCAUUCAAGACCCGGUUGAGAUGGUCCUUGGUACGGAGAAGAUGUGUGGGCGUGAGGGGCUUGAGGUGUCUGACAGUGAAGGCAGGACACCAAUCAUGCAUGCAGUGCACAACAACCAUCUUCAUGGCGUCAAAAUGCUUGCUGAAGUUGGAGCAAACGUGAACACACUCGCUCUUGAUGGAAGUACGUGUCUUCACCAAGCAGCCUACUCUGGUAGCAUUGACAUGGUGGCAUUACUGAUGGGCCUCGGAGCUGAUGGUUUGACGAGAGACAGCGAAGGGAGAACACCACUGCACUGGUGCACAAACAAUACAGUACCAGAAACAAUUGAUCUCAUUUUGGAUAAGGUACCUGGCCUAAACGUGGAUGUUCGAGACAGUGCCAUGAUGACCCCCCUCAUGUGGGCAGCCUUCCACGGCCACCAGCAACACGUCAUGAGGUUGAUAGAGAGGGGAGCUGAUCCUCAACUGACAGACGUUGAUGGAAUGACUGCAGCCCACUGGUCUGUUCAGAGACACGAUACACGUACACUGCAAGUGCUUAUUAGCCCUGCAAGUGCAGGAUACAGAGACAACAAGGGGAAGACUGUCAUGCAUCAAGCUGCAGAGAGGGGUAGUGCUAAAGCUGUGAGCUUGAUUAAGGCUGUCAAACCAACUUCAGUCAAUGACCAGGACAAUGACGGUCGAACACCUCUUCAUUGGGCAACUGUUUGUGAGAGUCCCGAUGCUGUUAGAGCCCUGCUAACUCUUGGAGCUAAUACAGGUGUCAAGGAUUUCAGCGAAAUGACUGCAAUGGACUAUGCCACUCAGAAAGAACUACAUUACUGUGCACUGCUACUGAGUCAGGCGGAAGGGUUUGAUGACCCUGACAACUACCAUCUAAUUCCAACGUUUGGUGCAACAACAGCUGCCUUUGGAACACGAGCUCUCCAGCUACAGGAAGGUCAAGUAGCAAACAUGGAGGAUGUGGAGAAUGUACUCACCAAAGACCAAAUUAAACAGCUUCAGACUGUAUGCAGUGGAACCUUAUUGAGCAAGUUCUCAAAUGAGGGGCGAGGUCAAACACAUCCACGGUUCACUUGGGUAAAUCCUUCUAACACCAAGAUUUGCUGGGCAAAGGACAAGAAUUCUGAAACAAAGGAUACCAAGUCAGAUAUUUUGGUGGGAGUGCGCUCAUCUGCAAGCCCAGUGGUUUUUAGUCGAAAGGAUUUUGACCCCAUGAACAAGCACAAGUACUCCUUCUCAAUUUUCACAGCAUCGAGAGUUCUUGAUAUGGUGGCUUUGUCAUCUGAAGACUACAAGAACUGGUUGAAUGGGCUGCAACUAGUACUGCACCUUGGUAGCAUCAAUACAACCAGGCUUCUAAGUAUUAUUCAGAAUGCCUCAGGCACAGGAGAGAUGAGACCCAUUCCAUAACACAAAGAAGCAACAUGAAAACUGUACACAAGAGUAUAUAUAAGCACUGUUUGUGAUUAACUCUAACACAAAAAAUAUUGGUUUAUGUACUGACUGUUUCAUUUUGUUUGAACUUCGCCAUGUCCUUUUUUCGUUUCUGUUGCUGUCGCACCCACUGUCUGUAGUCACUCAGAGAAAGCACUUUUUCCCCGUAAUA